CCUCACGUGUUGGUUACGGCAGGAAGAUGCCUGGCUGUGUAUGGUAAACUAGGCCGUCAGGUUACCGAGUUGUGGACCGUGAUGUGUGUUUCACGGUAGCUACGGCUUGGUAGGACGCGUACAUUUGUAUAUAAUAAUCGUAGACCAUGUGUGUAAUGUAUGUAUAGCGGACUCGUCUUAUGUGUCGUACACAGGGCUCGUAUAUCGACAUGAGAGUAUAUACGUAAACACAGCACUACAUUUGAAGAAGAGAGGCUUUCGUUGCUCAGUUCACACGGCUCGCUGGACCGACACUGCCGGGCAGAUCGUAGCGUCCUCUAGCCGGGCUUACAUCGGUAUUUACCCGUCGAAACAUCCCUAAGCCGGCGUUGUUAAGCUAGCUGAACUACCGGAUAGCCUUUAUGUGGAUGGAGCAAGGUGGGUACAACCGAUCAGGUACCAGGGAGUCUGGAUGAACCGGUGGUUGUCAUUAGUACAGGUAUACGUCAGGGGAGGCCGGCUAAGGACAGUUAAGCCACAUCAACCCCUCCCCCUUGAGCAACGACUAUAUGUACCACUGAUUGUCAAAGGGAAUGUUAGUGAUCUAUUUUUACGGAUGUAGGUCUAUGCACCUUUUAGACACCGUUGUCGCCACUCGGGCUCUGAUGUGCAUUUUGAGGUUGAAUCCCUGGUCCAUAUAGGGCAGCAGACCCGGACGUCAUACCCUAAGCGGACAGUCGUGUAUUGCACCGACCUGAAAGCCAGCGAGGAUAAGUGGCAAGAAACUCAGCUGGUUAAUGUUGAUACGCGAGCUGAAGUUCUGGUAGCUCAGACACACAUGUUCGUUAGUGUCACGGGAGGCGACUGGAGCCAGCACGUUUGACGGUUGACAAGCUCCGGUUAAAAGCCUACAUAUACUUACUGUGCAACAAGACAUAUGGCUAGUAAAAUGUAAUUUUGCGUUGGUUAACUACGAUUUUCGUUCAACAAGACACGUGGCUCGUCUAACUUUCGCCAAGGACAUCAAAGCCUCACUGCCAAAAUGCCUAGAAAACGAAAGCAGCCACAGAUGCGGGGCAAUUCUGGUAACGACACCUCCACCGAGAACAACAACAACAACGGUCCGGUGGUGCAGUCGGGGAAACUGACUGGAAGCGAAACAUAUAGAAAUGGUCAGGUCCCGCUACCGAUGUUAAAAAAGAGAGAAGCGCAUUGGAAGGACUGCGAGGAUAGCUUCAUCUUCCCUAGAUGUACCCCUUGGUUGGUGUUUCUAGUGACUCUUAUAGGGCGUGUGGUUUACGUCAGCCAGGUGAAAAAUUGGUGGAUUUUGCAUCCGGAUGAGGUGUUCCAGUCAGUUGAAGUGGCGUUCUCGGAGUUACAUGGGUACGGGUUUCGGGCGUACGAGUUCCUGCCACCCCCCGAGUCACCACUUAGCAGUUCAGCUCGUCAGCAGGAGGCCAACCUCGGCAUGCAUAGCCUACGCUCCUUUCUCUACCCACGUGUAUUUGUCCUCGUCAUGCUGGUAGGAGACUGGCUGGGAAUGAAACCGUUUUUGGUUGCCAAAGUGUUCCACGCCGCCGUGACGUCCACAUUGCCGCUUGCCACCUAUUUCUUCACAUCCACUGUGUUUCAUUGCCAUGACAUUGCCUCUCUGUCCAGCAUACUUGUGGCAUUCUCCGUGCACCUGACAGUUUUCGGGACGCACACUUUAAUGAACAGCUUUUUUGCUCCAAUUGUCCUCCUGUGCCUGGUGCCUAUUUUAAAAAACUUCUUGGAGAAUAAAGAAUCAGAGGGAGAAUACUCGACAAGCGGCUCCCUCAAUGGUACGCGUUCCAAUGGAUUUAUAGAAGUUCCAAAGGAGCAUAAGCGUCAGUGCAACGGAUAUCUGUCUGACGAAACCCCACGUGUCAACAACGGAAUGGCAGGAGAGUGGAACAGACCCUUGGUUCUGUUCUUGUCAGGGCUAAUGUUAGGAGUAACCUGCUACAUUCGAAUCGAUCUGGGUUUGUUUCUUGCCUUGAUUAUCGCCCCUCAUUGUCUACGCACAAGGUCCAACCAGGUUCUCUUGACUUUUGAUCUCCAAGUGUUCUUACCCAUCAUCCUGGGUUUCGUUUCCGGUAUGUUGCUAGGCGGUCUUGAGGACUCAUGGUCUUAUGGCGUCUGGUUUCUGUCUCCGUAUCAGUGGUUGAGAUUCAAUGUCGGAUUUGACUUCGCCACUCUGCUGUUUGGAAAACAGGACUUGGAUUAUUAUUUAAAGCGAAUAGUAACCCAUAACUUCUCAUUGGUCUGCUUAUCUGCAUCGUUGGUCACAGUUUUGAUCUACGCAGCCAUCUCACACGAAUUCCGCAGAGCACAAGGACGGAAUUUAACAUUGUUGUUAAAGCUGUUUAUACCUUCAGUAUUUCUGUUUAUUAUUUAUACCCUCAAGGGACACAAAGAAAUGAGAUUUGUUCAUAAUCCCCUGGUGCUUCUUAUAAUAGUUUACUCCAGUGCAAUCUUGUUAGCUCUGAAACACAUCUUUUCACGAGACCUGACGAGAACUCGCGUGAAGUGGAUUGUUUAUUUAUGCGUAAGUUUAUACAUUUUUAACCAAUGGCGUGUGAUGCCAACUCCUGUGGACCAGUCAAAUAAACCAUGGGUUUACAACUCGGGCUGGGACUCCAAUCAUGUGAACGACUGCUUUGACUUCAUUGGCCAACAGUCCGACGUUCGUGGCGUUUUCGUUGACAGGAGCAUACACACCAGUGCAGCCUUCAGCGUCUUACGCCAGGACGUCCCGCUUCUGUCGCUGAUUCACUACGAGUUGUACGAGUUUGGAACUACGGCUUAUCUCCCUUUAUCAUCCGUUACCAUUUUUGGGCGGAAGGAUACAGUGAACGUGCGAACUUUAAGCAGUAUUUCCAACUACAUUAGUAUUUAUAAUAGCCAUGAAUAUUUAUUGAAACUUCUUCUAAAGAGAAAAGACUACAAUUAUCUAGUGAUGAAAAAAGAGAAGACUUUUAUCAACCGAGGAUAUGAACAAGUGUACAGUUCCGGAACAAUGAAAGUUUUGAGGCGAACAUUCGAUAAAGGCGCGGAGGAAUAUCUGGCCAAGUUGGCGGACAGCCUUCCUAUAGGCACAAACGCCACGAUCCUGGAGUACGAAGGCAGCUGGUUGUUGACCUUUGGACUACUUCAGCUCGCGGAGGAAAGACUGUUGACCGCGUUGCAACUUGGCAACCCGACAGCGCGGCUGUUUCAAAUCCUCGUGAAGACGUUCUUGGAGCAGAACAAGUUUAACCAUGCACGUAAAGCCGAACAGCUGUGUAUCGACAGUCUGGGAUUGGAUACUUGCCGAACCCCACAACCAAGAAUUAUUCUACAUGAAGGUUACGAUAUUCAGCUUCCCGGGCGAUAGCAACGUGAGAAACAUACUACCUGUUCAAGUAUUUAGUGUUUCACCAAUUUUGUUUCUUGAAGAUGGAGGCAGAGGAAGAUACUAUUGACAAUGUCGGAGAAAAGCUCAAAUUUUUGGUAUAAAAACCGAGAUUAGUAAAAUUUAGUGCAGGUAUUGUAUUAUAAAUGAAUCAGGCCAACGCACCAGUAUAUUUAAAUCACGGACAGCGUGAAGAAAAAUCAAAGAGAACAGGUUUUCAUCCACCAAUUUCAACUUUUAGUUUCUCUGGCUUAAAUGCUGAUUUCUGCUAUGGGAAGCGAAUACAUGUAGCUUUAACUUCAUACGUUUGUCUUUUAGCCUGGUGGCGCUGUGACCUGGCUUAUACCUGUAGGACAACAGUAUGACAGACCAGAGGCCGGAUUCACGAACCAUUUUAACGUUACGAUAUACGUAACUGAGCUACGUAAUGCCAACCGUGCUGGCAUAUAUGUGCGCGCAAACAUACGAGAUCUUCGUGUAUCCGGUUCCGGACUGACGUCAGGUUGCUGAAUAUCACGUCUACUAUCAUAAAGCAUAAUCUUCAAACAUACCACAAAAGUUUUAAUGCAGAAAGGUUUCCUAUUUUCUCACGAAGAAGUUGUUGAUGUUAUAUGUUAUUGUUAUGUCCUGUAAUUAUUUAAUUGUGUAGAAUAGUAACUUAUUUCAAUAAUGGCUGCCUUGUUUGUUUGUCUUUUUAAUUAUUUCGAUUAAGAUAUUUUUAACUGUGAAGAAUGCAGAUGACAUUGAAAAGUUAAAACGCAAGUAUAGCUACAGUGCUUGUAAAAUCUUUGUUGUUUACUGCACUGCAUCACUCUAUGCCUCUCGUUUUCUAUAUAUACUAGUUAUGUAGGCAAAGACAAAGGCAACAUUGCUAGAAACUGCCGCCUGACACAUACAUGUACAGUAGGUCAUUUACAGAAAGUAUGUGACAAAUUUUGAUCAUUUUUUCACCAAUGCUCUUUAGGUUCUGUUAAAUAUUCGAUAACAUCACUUGGAGGUAUUUGUCAAGACAUCAACUUAAAGACAGUUUUCGAAAGGUUCUUAGAAUACGUCUUUAAUGUUAGUUUAGUCUGGCGUUAUUUCUCCCCCCAUCGCAUUUGCAUUGGUGCACGUCGUAUUGUCUUAUUCUCGUAAAUUCUUGGUUUGAAACUUACAAAUUUUAAAUUUGUUUACAUCCUUUCCAUAUUUACUUUUUUAUCAUCUCAAUGAACGAAUAAAAAACUGA